AUGUCCGGAAGGGUUUGCAUAGUCACCGGAGCGAACGCAGGCAUUGGGAAGGCUACCGCUACAGCACUGGCGCAGCGGGGCGCCCGCGUCGUGCUCGCCUGCAGGUCUCCGACAAAGUGUGCCGCCGCCUGCGAAGACAUUCGCCGGAGGGUGCCGGGCGCGGCGUUGGAUGCGUUAACGCUAGACCUUUCCAGCGUCGAUGGCAUCCGCGGGUUCGUCGAGACGUUCCACAAGACUGGCCUCCCGCUGCAUGUUCUCGUCAACAACGCCGGGAAGCCCGGGACAAUUCGCGGGAUGGAGCAGAGCAUGGUCGUAAAUCACCUCGGCCCUUUCCUGCUGACCCACCUCUUGCUCCCGGACCUGCGAAAGGCAUCCGCCUCCGGCGCCGCUCCGGCAUCCGCUAUUGGUCGUGGAGAUCGCGAGCAAAGUCCUGAGAACGUUCCUGGAACUGGUCCUUCGUCGAGAAUAGUAAACGUUGGGUCUCGCCUUGAGAAGCGGGGUAAUAUUUGGGCGGCAGCGGUAUCCGACGGCGGCGGACACACCGCGGCGCCCCCGGGGACGCGCUGGUUCCAGCCCCCCCCCGGGAAAAAGCACGACGCUUUCGGCUUGUACGGAUCCUCGAAGCUGUGCAACAUGCUCUUCACGUUCGAGCUCGACAGGCGGCUAGAAGCGGCGCGAUCAGGGGGGCGACGACUUGUUACGGCUAACAUCGUGACCCCGGGAAUCGUCAACACAAAGCUCGGCGACGGUACGGUCAGCCCUUGGGUCGCUUGGGCGGGCGCGCCGCUGAAGGCGGCACUCAUGAGGACCGCGGACAAGGGCGCCGAGACCGUAGUGUGGGCGGCGACAUCUCCGGAGAUCGAAGAGAUCGGCGGUGGAAAGUUUUUCGGCGACAAGAACGAAGUCCCCUGCAGUGACGCCGCUAGGGACGAGGACCUCGCCCGGCAGCUCUGGGAGGCUACGGAACAAGCGGUAGGGUUAGAAGAAAGCGAACGGGUCGUGUGAGCUUGCUAGUGCGGUCGUGGUGUGCUGGAGUAGCCCCUUUAGACGGGCAGUAGCCCUCGUGGAUGGUGGUCAGCUACCUCGGUGUCGGAGGCACUUGGGGGAGUUGUUGUGUCGAGGCACCCGGGACUUUGAGUGCGUCGUCUCCGUUCUAAUGUCUAUUUUCUUUGUUGAAAAGCGCGCAUGGUUGUAGCGGAAAAGAAAGUGGUUUCAGCCGAAAGGGAACGUGAUCCAGAGCUCUGAUUCCUCGUAAAGGGUCGCGCACGUUUGGUCAAGCAGCCCCUGCUUUCUCCAGGCAGACAGCAACUCUACUGUCGAAGGUGUACGAGGUUCGGUUGCUGCUGUUGCCAGAGAUAGAUCAUCAGUUGUUCGUGGCGGAGGUGUGCAUGAUUCUGAGCCUCUUUAGGCCCUCUUUCUGUACAACGUUUGUGGCUUAGUUAUUUCCUCCUUGCGGUUGAUUAAGAGUUCAAGCCACCGACCAUGCCUUGUCCGACUGGCACACGUGUGUCAGAUAUACACUAGCUUUCCCGUCGAUGUGCCCGCGUAUGGCGGGUAUGAGCCAGGCGGGUACAAUGUAUGGAGUAUCCCGGCAUAGCAGUAUGGGAUGAGGGAUGGCAUUUGUCUUGUUUGUUUGUGCGUGUCGAGAGGAGCAUUCAGGCCUCACCCGUGCACCAUCUUGGCAUCUUGGAUGUGUAUCUACUUUAUGUGUAUCAGUGUGUAUUUCUUGUGUGUGUCCCCUUUUGGCGGUAGUUGGCUUGUGACCACGAAAGGCUUCCGCGUCAGUUGGACCAGUACGGGCU